AUGGCCCCUUCAAAGUUGCUAAAUGAAAUGCCGAACUCGGUGUUGGACCGAAUCAUCGGCUUCAUCCCGUUGCGGGAGCGAUGCAGCCAAGUGACGCUCGUCUCGAAAAAUAUCCACGAUUCCGUAGAGCGAACCAUCAAGAAUGUAUCGUUUUUCAUGGAGGGUAUGGACCGAAUCUCGGAUGAGUCUCUCGAUCAAUUCUUGAAGUUACGCGGUCAACAUUUGACGCACAUCAAUUUAGAUCUUUACCGAAGUGUCAGCCGAGACGAGUCGACUCAAUGGGCAUGGAGGCAAUCGAUCUUGAAGAUCACCAGCUCUUGCGUCAAUCUGACCGAACUGGAUCUGAUGAUUUGUAAUCGGCACAAACUGCGAGACAAGGACUUGGAAGCGGUUUUCAAAAGCUGCAAAAAGCUGGAGACAUUGCGUUUCGAUGCGCAAUUCGUCAACGGAAACUCCUUCAAGUUUGCCCCACCGCUGAAACGCCUUGAGAUGGAGAUGUGUAUACGGAUCAACGACAAUGGUAUCAACUUUAUCUGUAGCCGGAUGCAAGGGCUCCGAACGCUCUACGUCAGCCAGCUGUUGAUCCUCAAGGAUAGCCACUUAUUUAAACUCGUAAAAUCGCUGAAGAAAUUGCGCGAUCUGGCGAUUGUUUCACACGUGGAGACGAAGUAUGAAGGUUUAUCCGGAUUCGGUCUCUGCUCGUUGACAAAGCUGCCGCUGCGAACUCUGGUUGUUGAGGGGAUUGCCGCGGCCACGGAUCAAUUCUUACAAACCAUCGCUAAUCCCGAGAGCAAGAUUUUUACGCAGCUACAAAGUCUAUCCAUCGCCUUUUGUUUUAACAUCAGCAUGCACGGUCUCAAGAGACUUACCCCCCUGCCGCAACUCAGAAACCUGAACCUCGAUGGAUUCCAGACGCGUGAUAUUUCAUUGGGAAUUGAAGAGAUCUCGUCGACGGGCAACCUGCAAAGGCUAUUUAUCGCUGAUGACACCAACAUUACUCCGGAAGCCCUGGUACGCAUUGUCAAGAAUUCCCCAAAACUCUGCGUGUUGGACCUAGUGAAGAACAAGCGCGUCCUGACCGCUGAGACAGCCAACGAAUGGAUUUCCUUCUGGGAGCAAAGCAAUCGUCCACCCCUCUAUGUGCUAACGAACGACCACAAGGUAUGGAACGACGUCAACUUCCCCAGUUUCGAUUCGUGCGGUCGGAGACGGGUCGUGAUCAUCCAUCUUGCGCUCCACGAUGCUCCACUGGAGGAGAUUGCACCGUCCACUGCGAUUACUUUUGAGUCUCCGAAUUGCCUGCCCUCUGGUAUCCUCUACGCCAAAAUCCGAUGUGGAAAUCGCUAUCGACUCCUCUUCCAAUCCCUCGGUGAUGGACAGUUGCCGAAAAUCGAGAAUAACGAGAAUCAGGGAAGAAACGCCGGAAAGAAGCUGAAACAAGUUCCCCAGCGACGUUCCGAACCGCCCAUCCCUGAAUUCCGACCCUUCCUUCCAGUGAACGAUGCUGACCUUUUCCGUCCGGUUCUUACAGACAACUCUCGCAUCUUCAACGUUCCGGCUUUGGGAAAUUUGAACCCGGCGAUCGUUUCGGCCGACUUGUUCAAGAGUCCCGGCUGGCCGACCGACCUGCAGCACAAGGAGCCCGAGUUCUCCUCGGACGUCUUGGAGUUGCUGCUUUCGACGCACGCAUACGAAGAUGGCGCUUGGGUUGGAAAUAACCUUGUGAUGAAUGGACUAUUGCAUCGACCGGAUGGCACGACUGUCGACAUCACCAAGCUACGCAAGAGACCCAUGCUGAAUAAUUUGCCCUCAUUUUUUGAAGAGGAAGAUGAAGCUAGUGGUGUAUUGCAGUCGAUGGUGCAUGCGCCCUUCAAGAACUACCACUCCAAAAAGGCCAACCGGUUUGGCCAUGUUAUUGCGUCCAGAGAAGCGCCGCGGCCUCCGAAGAUAAAUAAUACUAUGCGAAUUCGAUGCUUCUCGGUGCACCCCAAUCUCCCCUCCUCGCCCUCGCCGGUCACUAGCACGCCGGAAAGACGGCGUCGCGCGACCGUUUCUGAAACAUUCCUCCGGGAGCUGGCGGAUCUCGUCCCCUCAAGCCUCAUUUUUGAA